AUGGUUAAAGACCUAGGAUUUGCCAAAACACCGUUACCUGUGACAGCUCUGGCUAGCUACCCUGGUUCAGGUAAUAGUUGGACAAGACAUUUACUUCAAAAAUCUACAGUUAUAAAAACUCAUGGAACCAAAAAGGAUAGGAUAGCUUAUCAACGUGCUGUUCUGUUAAUGAGAAAUCCAUUUGAAGCCCAGUGGUCUUUGUUCAAUCUGAAGAUGUCAAAGAGUCACACGAAUAUAACGGAUAAAAAACGUUACUGUACACGAGAUAUGUUUGUUUUAUUUUAUGACGAUUUACUACACAACAAAGAAAACAAAUUAAGAGAACUUUUACCGUUUUUAGACGUUGACGUCGAC